AUGAAAUCAUCCAACGAGAAUCCAAUGCUGAGAAUGUCCUGGAAUAGGUCUAAUGGCCUUAUUGCAGGAGGUUACUCAGAUGGUAUGAUAUCUCUUUUCAACGUUACUCCUUCGCGUGAGCAACCUGGCUCAAUUCAAGUUGAAACAUCCGAAGUAAUUAGUGUUCAUAAUAAAAAGAUUACAGCCUUAUCAUGGUCAGAUAACGGCAAAUAUUUUUCAUCAGGUGAUUCUUCAGGUAAAAUUGCCUUCUUCGCAAAGAAGGAGAAAGGUUGGAAGAACAUUGUCAACAAUUCUUCAGUAAAUUCAUCUGUAAAUAACAUUAGUUGGUCGAAAAAAAAUAAUAUCUUAGCAAUUGCUUAUCAGGAUGGUACAUGUGCAUGCGUUGGCAACGAAGGUAACCUACACUGGUCAAACAUGAUGAGACAAGUACUUGAAUUUCUCGAAUGGUCUCCUAAUUCAAAAGUUUUACUUGGUGGUACAAUUUAUGGCGAAAUUCUUAUCAUCGAUUCCAAAGGUGUCGAAAUUAACACUGUUCCAUUACCAUGCCUUUCAAAUUCAAAAACAGAACCAAAACUUGUUGCUCUUGAGUGGCACAAGAGGGCAGAAUACGGACUUCUCAUCGCUUUCAGGGAUGGUCAAAUCCAAUUGAUGAGAAAUGAAUCAGAUUCCCAGCCUUUCGUUAUUACAAUGGAACUUGAGAUUUCUACAGCCACAUGGUUCAAGAAUGGCCAGAAUUUUGUUGCUGCUGGUAUAAAACCAAACGGUAGAGCUGUUGCAAUCUUCUUUAAUGCUCACGGAGAUAAUAUCAGAGAACUUGAACUUCAAGGCAAAGAAAUUCAUGCAAUUUCCCUUGAUCCUACAGAUACAUCGCUUGCUAUUGCAUCAGAUCAUCAUUUCUGCCUUGCUCAAAUUGUUCCUUCAAUUAUUUGGGCAUAUUCCAAUAAUGUUCUCUGCUAUUGCUACUCAAAGAACAAUGAUAACAUGUAUCAUGCUAUUUUCUUCAACAGGAAAUCAGGAGAAAGAAGAAUCCAACAAUUCAAAGAUGUCCUCACUCUUUCAGCCCAUUCCGGCUUCUUUACAUUUGCCACAAAAACAGGAGCUGAAGAUGCCACAAUAACAGUCACAAAUACAAUUGGUGUCGCUUUAACUUCAGCACAAAUUCCAUUUAUUCCAUUCCAGUCAUCCUCCCAUGGCCAAACUACAGCUUUAGUUUCACAAAACAAGAUUUGCGUCUGGAGAUUCCAAGAAGAUGAACAGCCACAGAUUAUUGAUUUCCAUGACCCAAUAACAGCUGCUCAUUUAACAGCCAAAUGCCUCUAUAUUUCAGCAGGAGCGCAAAUUGUUGUCCUUGAUAUGCCUUCUCUCGCUGAAAUCACAAGAUAUACAAUUAAUUUCUCUUGUGAAAUGAUUGGCGCCAACGCAAAUGGUUCUCUUCUCUCCUUAAAUGACUCUUAUGGUACAGUUCAAUUCUUUUCAACCGAAGAAAAGAGGAUUGUUGGACCAGUUUGCAAAGAAGUUUGGGCAUCAGCAUGGAGUAACGAUAAUCCAGACCAAUUUGCAGCCUUGGAGCGUCAGAAACUUGUUGUCUUCAACGAUCUUGACUCAGAAGAGCCUGUUUCCUGUUUAUCUCAUAUUGCCGAGUUCACAGACUUAGAAAUUCUCACAGUUGACCUUCUCUGGUUACUUAAGGAUCCACAAAAUCCAAGUCCGAGAUAUUUCAGAGUCCAUCAGACAAAGCAAUUAAGACAAUUACAACAAAUGCUCUCAGCAAGACCAGAAACAUCAGUUGAAGAUAUCUUUGCAUUCUGCAAGAAAGAAAACAAGACCAAAUUAUGGGAUUCCUUCGCAGAAACUGUUAUGUUAGAGAUGAAUUUCUCUUUAACAGAAAGAUGUUACUUGGAAACAACAAAUUACAAAGGUCUUCAGUUCGUUAAGCGUAUCAGGACCGUCAAAGACCCCAAUAUCCAGAGAGCCCAAGUAUUAUCUUAUCUCGGAAGAUUCGACGAAGCCGAAAGUAUCUAUCUAUCCAUGGACAGAUUGGACUUAGCCGUAGAAAUGAGAAGAUCAAUCGGAGAUUUCCACCACGUCCUCAAAAUCAUGGGAAACGGUGUUGGCGACGACGAAACAAUUGCUGCAGCAUAUACAGCACGUGGUGACGAACUAUGCGAACAAGGACAUUGGAGUGAAGCAGCAAUGGCAUAUUCACAAGCCAGAAACGACGAGAAACUGAUGAAAGCAAGAUUCCUUGCACAAGAUUACGAUGGCCUUGAGAGACAAAUGAUGGCUCUUCCAGCACAAUCUCCUCUUCUCCACAAGAUUGGCGAGAUGUUUGUCGCAAUCGGUGCUGUCGAUGACGCAGUGACAGCAUUCACUUCCUGUGGAGAUAUCGCAGCAGCAAUCGAUGCCUGCGCGAAAAUGAACCAUUGGAAACCAGCUUUGAAACUCGCAAGCAGAGGAAGAAACGAAGAAAUCAAAGCGAGAAUGGUCAAAUACGCAGAAGAUCUGAUUGCUAAUGGUCAAAGAGCAUCAGCUGUUGACUUCUACGUAAGAGCAGGAUUGAAUGUCGAAGCGGCCAAGUUACUUUUGAAAGCAGGAGAUGAAAUUCUUGCAGUUGGAGAUGAUUUUAUCUCAGCGAAGAUGUGUUAUAUCUUUGCAGGAAUACAAUUGGAACAGCAAAGAAAAGGCGCUUUCGAUGGCAGUGCAACAGCUGAAGAGAGAUUGGAUGGAUUGAUGAGAGAAGAUGAAGUUACAACAAGUGGUUUGCACAGAGAAGUUUGGCGUAAAGCGGAAGGUGUCCAUUUCUUGUUGUUGGCGAACAGGUUCUUCCAAGAAAGGAAGUACAAAGACGCAUUAGUUGCUGCAUGCCGCGUUUUCGAUGAUUACUCGGACAUUGUUGGAGAAGCUCGUGCUGCAUCAUUACUCGCAUUGUGCGGAUUGAAGAAGAGAUUCUUUGGUCAGUGCAGCCGCGCGAUGACGACAUUGGAACAUUCUGAUGAAUUGCCACAAGCACAGAGAGAGAAAUUCGAAGACUUGGCAAUUGAUAUAUUCACAAGAAAUCAACCUGUUGACCAGGAAUCCUUAGGAAUUGUUCAAUGUCCUAAAUGUUCGGGAGUCGUUUCAAAUCUUCAGUCUCAAUGUCCUGAAUGCGGCGAAAGAAUGAAAGUUUGCACAUACACAGCACGGUUGAUUGAUGGCCAGAACUACUGGGAAUGCAAGUAUUGCAAACACUAUGUAAUGAUUGAUGCUGUCGACGAAUUAAGAUACUGCCCUCUUUGCCAUCAUAAGAUUACUCAAUAA